UUUAGCAAUAUCUUACAAUACAAUUUAAUUUUUAAUUUUAUAAAAAUCAGCUUAGAAAUAUGACUGACGAAACUAGAUGGAAUGUUUUUGUUUACGGCACUUUAAAGAAAGGAGAACCAAACCAUGGCUGGUUGUCCAGAUCUGAGAAUGGAUUCCAGGAGUAUCUAGGAGCAGGCAGAACGAACAAAUCAUUUCCUCUAGUCAUAGCUUCCAGAUACAAUAUUCCAUUUGUGUUAGACAGUCCUGGGACUGGAAACAGGGUUGAAGGAGAAGUAUACCGCGUAGAUGCAUCAAUGCUCAGCAAACUUGAUGAAUUAGAGAACCAUCCAAGUUACUACACCCGGAGAUUAGAAGAUGUUGAAGUGUCAGGAGAAAUGAUUCAAUGCUGGAUUUAUAUAUGGUCUGGGUUUAAACCGGAGCUCUUAGAUAAUCAUGAAAAUAAGAUACUGAGAUGUACACAAGCUACUCAAAUAUGGGUCAGCACGGUAAGCAGUACGUCAGCAAAACUGGACGUAGUCAGGGAAAACACAUUCACUAAAAACUUUGCCUUGAGACUUCGAGAGCCUUUACAUGGGGGAGAGGGGUGGGGGGGUCCACAGGGGCAAACACUACAGGAAUUUUUCCAGAGAAAAACUUUUUUUCUUUCCAGGGGGGGGGAGUCUCAGCUCAGUGGGGGAAACCAUGAUUUUACUGAUCCAUUGAACCCCCAUUUCCUUUAUCCCAGUAAGUUGGAGCUUUGAUCACAACCUGACCCAUAAAACAUAAGGUUUUCUCAUUUUAUCUGGAAUGCUUUUUUAUCCGUGGAUGAGUUUUCAAUGAACGGUUAUAAAAACUAGACAACUCUGGGUAAGUUGUUAAAUUCUUGAAUGAACCAAAUUCAAAUUGAUUGGUUUGGACUCGUGAGUAAAACUCUUUAAUCGAGAAGU